AUGAACUUAGGAACAAGAAUCAAUAUAGAAGAAACAAAAUUUGACGAUUUCAAUAGUAAAUUCCUACAAGUCAGAACCAUUCCAAGAAGUAUAGAAGUCUAUGGAAUAAUCCUUGCCUAUAUGGAAUUUUGCGCACUCUAUUUACAGAUUCCUAAUAAGUUUGGUUUAUUUGACAAUUUUGUAAAAGACUCUCUAUCCCUUGAUCAAGAUCAAUAUGAGUAUUUAUUAUGGUUCUAUCGCAACUUUUUUGGAAAAGAAGGUGGUAUGGAUUUUAUUGACAAUGCUGCACAAACAAAUGAUUUCAUAAUUUUUGUCCAUAAAGUUAUAGAAGCAAUGACAUUAAAAGGCUGUACAAACCAAAUCCUCAGUGCUUAUAGCUUUUUGACUAAAAACUUGAAGUUUUCAAUAACAAGAGCUGAAAAUGAGAAGACUUUGAGCGCUAUAAGCCAAGAACAGUCUCUCUUUACUAUCAAUUUACUUUAUAGAGGUGACACAUGCAACAUAUUUUACCCUAGAAUUGGGUUAGAAAAUGAAAAGAUUAGAUAUGAAAUACGAGUAGAAAGAAAUAAAACACUUUUACACUGUGGGUGCUUAGUUGAUAAUCGCGAAAUAAGAGAUGCACAGCUUUGCCAAUGUGGAACUAAAUUAUAUUCAGUUGAAGCUCAAAUAUUGCAAGCUGAAGUUAAUAAUAGUAAAUCUCAAAAUCAUUCCUUGCCUAAGAGUGAUGAACCUAUAGUUCCACUACAAGUGCCAAUAAUAAAUCCCCAGCCUCUCCAUCCUCUUCAGCCUCUUCAACCUCUUCAGCCUCUUCAGCCUCUUCAGCCUCUUCAGCCUCUUCAGCCUCUUCAGCCUCUUCAGCCUCUUCAGCCUCUUCAGCCUCUCCAACCUUAUUCAGCUAUUCCUCCUUGGUUCACUUAUUUACUCUCAAUAUUAAUUAUCGCUUUUGUGAUUUGUGCGACUCUCUAUAGUUUUGGCCUGCCUAACUUUUUCAGCACAACAAACCCACUAGAAUAUAAGUUUAAUAAAGAACGAUUAUACAGACAAAAGCCCAGCACGCCUUUAGAUAAUUUUAUGAUUAAAGAAUUCAUAAUUUUACAGGAUCAUAUAUUUGCUACAAAUGAUAAAAAAUAUAAAAUGAAAACAGAUAAAAUCGCUUCUCGAAGCUUUGAUUUGAUUCAAGAUUAUUCAUUCAAAAUUGCUACUCGGCACUAUCUCCUAGAAGAAAACAAAUUCGAGAAAAAUAAAUUAGAAUGCAAAGAGUUCAGCGAUUUAGAACAUGAGAACUUCUUCAAAGAUAAUUACGAUUAUUACUCCAAAAAAGUAAAAUCAUGGUUUGGAUAUCCCUAA